GCCAAUGACACCAACCUAUGAAGAUGUUGUUAUUCUCGUUAUCGCACACCCCGACGACGAGAGCAUGUUUUUUUUUCCAACACUUGCGCGCUUGUCUGCGGAACGGCCCGUGCACAUUCUGUGCCUCUCUGACGGAGGCUACGACGGCUGUGGCCCCGCGCGCGACCGCGCAGCUGAGCCUUGGCUCGUGCGCCGGCGCGAAAUGUAUUCCGCCGCGAUGCGGUUUGGGGCAACAGCUUCGGUUGUGGAGGACCCGCGCCUCCAAGACGGCGGGGAGUGGGAUGCCUGCGUCGUUGCGGAGGUGGCGCGGCGAGGCAUCGAAGCUUCCUUCGCCGUGAGAGGCUCUUGUCGACGAUGCGUCGUGACAUUUGAUGAGCGCGGGGCGUCGGGCCACAAAAAUCACGCGUCGACCUCUCGUGGGCUGGUCCUGCUGCGAUUGGCGUCUGAGUCGCAGGCAGAUUCACUCUUUGGGACGCGCUUCUUCGAACUGGAAUCGACACCCUUCACGAGUCGCUUCCUUGGUAUGCUCGCAGUUCCCGUUGGCCUCGUGCGAUCACGCGUUGAUCCGCAGCCUUCUGUUCUCUACGCUAACUUGGAUGUCAUCACCGCAUUUCGCGCUCUAGCUGUCCACGAAACACAAUUUGUCUGGUUCCGCAAGCUUUUUCUUGUCUUUUCCUCGUAUACGUUUCUCAACCGGCUCAUUGAGAUUCAAAGGCCGAUAAUGCCGAUACAUUCGCUUAGAUGAAUUUGACUAGCUUACCGAGGUAUGUAGCAAGCGCAACAGUGUACGCCUUAGUGUAGCAAUGUGCAUUCGUCCAUGCAGUAUCUGGCGCCGAUGCAGUACCUCUUAGCACGCGAAAGCCUGGCGCCGCAACUGUUCAUUGACAACUGCCGCAUUCACCAUCUAAAACAUGCGCAAGGGGCAAGUAACACACCAUGCUUUACCAGGUCUCACCUGUGGGAAGGUUACGGGAAGCCUGCCCCCUCACUCCACCGCCUGAACUUCCUCAAACAGCACUAAUAUGAAGAGUCUGUCAGCGGCUUGGACUUAGAAGCGAUGGAGACCACACAGAUUUGAGAGCCAAGUUUACGAUGACGCGAUUUUGUUUGCAAGGGAUAUGGAGAAAUGGGUGGGCCUCGCGGGUCUCAUCAUGGCCGACCAUGCCCCACAAGUGGUGCAACAAAACUGAGUGACCGAGAGCUUUCCGAGUCGGCCGAGAGUUCAUUUGGCGGCCGGCUAGAGGUACUUCCUCCUGACUAGCCUAAUUAACGUUUCGUGACACGGAUCAACCAAAUUCGAUUAGUCGAUCAUAAAACGUGUGCAAUUACGUUGGAAUAAAUGCAUCCGCAUGAAGUUUUGCUCUAUUCCACGUUUCUGGAGCAAAGAGGCCAAAACGAGCGCGGCCCAGCCCCAUGUUGAAGUUCAAGUUGAAUAGACAGCCCUAUGUUGAGGUAGCCUGUGGUCGUCAGCAGCCGCCGCCGGGCAGUGUGUGGGCCGCAGGGCUUCAUGGAUGUGCUCGGAGAUCGAUGGAACGGCGUGUCCGGUGCUCUAGGCGCCUCGAAUGGCUCACAUGGACCACACGAUGUCAAUAACUGGCAGUGACGAGAUCGAGCUGUGAAGUUCACUUUUGGACGGCCUGAGUAAUCAAAACAAUCGGCUCAAUCAAAGUCCGAGCCAAACGCCGCAGGGUAUACGUCCGUGGCUGUCCGGCUCCUGGCCGUACUGGCGACUCCAACGAGCUCCCUUUUAAAGCUCCCUAGCCGUACUGGCGACUGUAACUUGAAGUAAAGAACCCUU